UUUCCCUUCUACGUAUUGUAUAAUAAAAUUUUAUUUUAUUAUGUUUUUUUUCCUUAUUUUAUUAUUUCCCUUCUACGUGACUUUACCGAAAGAACCAAGAAGACAGACGAAGUGAGUUAAAUAAAAUCUUGGUAAUAAAAACGACGUUUCGGACCCAAAAAAAGCGGCCAUCUUCAGGUGAUAAAUAUUGCUUUUCUGUUGUGGCUUUAAGCAAUUUAUAAAUAACACUUUUUACCCAGCAAACAAAAAUUGUGUUACAUAGUGUAAUUAGUCGGCAGCGUUGUCGGGUUAUAUUAGCAUGAAUGAAACAAACAUAUAGCAUUAAAUGAUCAUCAUUAUCAUUAUAAUAUUAAUAACGUAAUAUGGUCAUUAUGAUAAGGUAUCGAAUUUAACUAAUAUAUAACAUUAAAUGAUAAUCAUUAGAAUCAUCUUACUAUAAUAUUACUAUAGUAAUAAUAUACACCAUUUAAUUAUCAUAAUUAUAAUCGUAAUAAUUACUUUAAUAAUAUUAUAUCAAUAACAUGAAAGUUUGCAUUAGGGAGAGUGGGGGAGGGGGUGGGGGGGGGGAGAGGGGGGGAGUCCCUUAUCCGCUCCACGAUUUACAAACGCCUCUUCUCACCACCGCCGGCUAAAGCAGACUAACGAAUACACAGCCAAUCCGCGCGGGGGAUCCUCGUCACGUGCCCCGCCGCCGACCAAUCAGCGCCAGGAUCAGCUCACCCGUCCACAAGCUUGGAGCCCGCCGAAGAUUUUAAACGGGCGGAGAGAAAUUUUUUGGGAUUUUUAAAUAAAGAGAUGAUUCCAAUCCUCGCCGCGUUCUUCACGUAAGCGGAGGUGCGGGACCAGCAUUAGACGCGAGCUUAAUGAGGCUCGAGACCCACUGAGAGGGCUACGAUGAGCGCGGGAGGAGGGGGUGACAGCGUUGCUCCGGCCGCAGACGAGAAGGGGGACGAGGAAGUGGAGGAGGAGGAGAGAACGGUGGAACAACAACAACAACAGCAGCAGCAGUUACAGGAGCAACAGCAGCAGCAGCAGUUACAGGAGCAACAGCAGCAGCAGCAGUUACAGGAGCAACAGCAGCAGCAGCAGUUACAGGAGCAACAGCAGCAACAGCAGCAACUGCAGGUCAAGCAGCAACAGCAGCAGCUGCAAGUAGGACAGCAGGCACAGCAGCAACAGCAGGAAGUUAAGCAGCAGCAGGUGAAGGAAAUACAGCUGCAGGCACAGCUGCAGCAGCAACAGCAGCAGCAGCAGCAAGUUCAACAGCAGCAGGGGAAGGAAAUACAGCAGCAGGCACCGCUGCAACAGCAGCCAAAGCAACAGCAGCAGCUGCAGCAGGUUAAGCAAAUACAGCAGCCACAGCAACUGCUGCAGCCGCAAGCUAGGCAGCAGCAGCAGCUACAACAGCUGGUGAAACAGCAGCAGCAGCAAGCCAUCAUGAGCAAGGAACUAACACAAGCAGGGGCACAACAACAGAAGCAGCAGCAGCAGCCGCAGCAGGUGGUCGUGCAGCCCGCGCAGCUGUUGCAACAGCAGCUGCAACAGCAGCAGCAACAACAACAGCAGCUGCAGCAACAACAGCUGCAGCAGCAGAUACAGCAGCAGCAGACAGCCCGCAAGUCUCCAUUGCAGCAGCAGCAGCCGCAGCAGCAGCCCCAACUGCUGCAGCAACGGCCACAGCAACCUACCAGCUUCACGGUGCAGCAGUAUGUUGUGGGGCCACAACAGGGUCUCCAGCAACAGCUCGCCAAGCCCGCCCUUCAGAAACUGAUGCAGCAGCAGCAGCAACAGCAGCAGCUGCUGUCGCCGCAUGCGGUGUUGAAGCAGAGCCUGCAGCAGCAGCAGCAGCCGCUACCGGGAGUUUGCCGGGAGCGCCGCGUCAGCGCCGUUUGCCCGCGGCUCUCCCCGGAGGGACGGUGCGCCACUUGGGGCCCGGCGCUGGCAGCGCUCGCCCCGGCAGCGGCGUUACUAGAAGGACUUGGAGGACGACACCGCCGCCUGCUGCGGGAGGCGCUCUUCCUCAAGGGGGGCGGCAACAUGGUGGACUUCCCGGCCUUCUGUCGGAGGCCCGGACACUCGGCCGUCGCCACGCUGCAGCAGAACGAGUUGGAGAGCGCUGCCGUCUCCCAUGGCAACGGCGUCGGCGGUCGCCGUGACGACCGCAUCGCCUGCCGCUGGUGGUGGCAGCGGCCAACGUGA